AUGGGGACAGCGUCCAGGGUGCUCUGUGCCCUCCUCAUCCUCUGCACGCUGUGCUGGCACAGCCUGGCUCAGAGAGCCCCAGCCAUGCCAGACAAGUGCUGCUUCAACUUCCAGACCAGGAGGAUCAAGAGGGACAACGUGGUGGCCUGCUACCCCACCAGCCCCGAGUGCCCGCACCAGGCUGUGAUCUUCAGGGUGAGGAACGGGAAGGAGAUCUGCACGCAGGCCAGCAGGCCGUGGGUCAAGAGGUACCAGCAGAGCUUCCAAGUCAGCUCCUUCUCCAUCCCCAGCUAG